AUGGCAUUUAAUCAAUCUAUUCGUGCCAAGCACCGCACUGCGUUGCAUUUUCUCGAUCAGCUGAGUAGUGUCAUCGUGGAGUUGCAACAGUCCGUGAGGUACUGUGGUUAUUCGAACGGGAAGCCAGUUAGAAGUCGAAGGCUGAAGGUCAGAAAUGGUCUGAUGCAAGGAGACUCUCUAAGCCCGUUGCUAUUCUGUCUAACCAUAGCACCAUUGUCUGGCUGGAUCCAGGCUCAUGUCAAACCUUACCAAACAAAAACCGGUUCAGGGCCUCGCUCUGACGGUGCCUUACAAGUCGGACAUGUGUUCUACAUGGAUGACUUGAAGGUGUUUACAACUGAUUGGUAUAAUGUGGCACUAGCCCGCAAAGGGAUUAAGCGAGUAGCCAGGCAACUCGGACUGGAACUAAAUAAUCGGAAGUGUGCAAUUCGCUCUCUCAAUUCCGAAGACGUGGGGCAAGAUCGAGUCAAAGAGAUGGGUUCCAUCCCUAUUCUUGGAGGCUCACAGGUCUAUAAGUAUUUGGGAGCUGAGGAAACCGAGCUAGUAUGCUUCGAAGAAUUAUGGUCUAGAGUGCCGAAACAGCAACAUCGGCUGCGAGGCGGUUGUUCUUUAGUAACCUUACGGUUCGCCAAAAGGUAA